CCCCUCUUCCGCCGUCAGCACCACGGACAGCGACUAUGAGCCGGUUGCGCAGGAGGGCUCUGGUUGCGCUCUUCCUCUUCACUCUCUUCAUUUUCGGGACCAUGAUGGGGCUCAGGACGCUGAAACCCAGCGACGGCUUCUCGGACCUGGCGCCCGGAAUGGACUCGAUCGGGGAGAGAUCCGAGAAGAGGCGAGUCGAUGGGAAAAAAGACGUGGCGGUGUCGCCGGGCCAGUUUCACACCGGCGGUAGCGACACCAAGGUGGUUUUCACCAGGUCCGACCGAGAGUACAGUAUAUUUUAUGAUGUGCACAUCUUCUAUUACCUGUGGUACGGCUCUCCGAGCAUGGAUAACAAGUAUAUCCACUGGGAUCACGUGCUGGUCCCGCACUGGGACCCAAAGAUCGCAGCCAGUCAUGCCCAAGGGAGGCACUCUCCUCCAGAGGACAUUGCCUCGAGUUUCUACCCGGAACUGGGACCCUACAGCUCCAGGGACCCGAAGGUGCUGGAGAUGCACAUGGCCCAGAUAGAAGAAGCUGCAACAGGGGUGCUGGUGUUGUCAUGGUAUCCUCCUGGGGUGGCGGAUGAUCAUGGGGAGCCCACUGAGGACCUUGUUCCUUAUGUCAUGGACGCUGCCCAAAGGCACAGCAUCAAGGUAGCUUUUCACAUACAGCCAUACAAGGGACGGACGGAUCAGAGCAUGCAUGAUAACAUCAAAUACAUUAUUGACAAAUAUGGAAAACAUGGAGCCUUCUACAGAUUUAGGACAAGCACAGGGCGAGUUCUACCUCUCUUUUAUGUCUAUGACUCCUAUCUGACGACUCCUGAAUCCUGGGCAGAGCUUCUUACAGCUAGGGGCUCCAGAAGCAUCCGAGGCACACCAUACGACGGGGUUUUUGUCGCCCUUAUUGUUGAGGAGCGCCACAAACAUGACAUCCUAGCUAGCGGCUUUGAUGGCAUGUAUACCUACUUUGCUUCAAAUGGUUUUUCCUUUGGCUCAUCCCACCAGAACUGGAAAGCCAUCAAGUCUUUCUGUGAUGCAAACAAUCUACUGUUCAUUCCCAGUGUUGGUCCAGGGUAUGUAGACACUGCUGUGCGACCGUGGAACAACCAUAACACCAGAAACCGUGUCAAUGGACGUUAUUAUGAGACCUCCCUGCAGGCAGCUCUGACUGUCAGACCCGAAAUUGUCACCAUAACGUCCUUCAACCAAUGGCAUGAAGGCACGCAGAUAGAACGGGCUGUACCCAGGAAAACAGUGACACGUCUGUAUCUAGACUAUCAUCCCAACCAGCCGAACCACUACUUGGAGCUUACACGUCAGUGGGCUGAGAAUUUCAACAAGGAGAAGGACAAAUGGUUGAUGUGAUCAUGGCUUCAGCUGCCGGAUAGUUUGUUCUAAGUGUCACACUAUACAUUAUACUAAUUUACACAGUACUAAAAGCCAGCCCCUUCUGUUGAAAGACAGCGCCUUUGAUUUCAUUGUGUUUCCUCCAACACUGAGCACUCCCAGUGCGACUUUGUUUCAAUUUGUAUUGUGUCCCAGAUGUUUUGACUCACUAAUGUUUUUAUGUACAAAUUGAUUAUGUCAAUCAUCAGAAUAAAUGGCACAGUCAUCAUGAUGAGAAACUGAUCAUUUCCUUUACUAAUAUCAGAAAGUGUGAUUAUGAAGGAUUGUUUUUUGUUUUGCUGUUGUUUAGAAUUUACACAUGAUCAAAACUGUCCAUCUCUGUAUUUUCCUUAUUAACAAUAAAAUGUUCAUCUGUUUACCAUUUAGCAUUGAACGAUCAGUAUUUAUGAUUAAAUAAAAGUGU